AUGAGAAAAACAGCCAAGUACGACGUGCUGGAAGAGGGCGAAACUGAUGAUGACGGACUUGAAAGCCUCGGAGGUAUGGAGCUAGAUCACAGCGACCAGCGCAGUAACUCGCCAGCAUUCCCAGAUCAAUGGAAUCGAGAUCGUGUCUUUUGGGAUCAGCGCCUUCGCAAGAUUCGACGGAUAGCCUGGGUCGAGGGCAUUCUACUGACAAUUCUUCUUGGAUACAUCGUUUCUCUCCACAUCGGAACUGUGUGGUCGCGAGAAGAAGCAACCCCAUUGGGAGUUGACCCCAGUGGUUUUGUCCCUCCAGAAAUCGGACAGCCUGUUAAGUGGGCAAAGUACGACGACGAGACUGACCCUCACUAUUUCAAACCCGACGUGUUCAAGAACCUCGAAAGUGUACAAGCUGCGGCAAGGGAUUUCAAAAUGUCACACAACGCAUCAAACGUCAAAAUAAACGGAAAAUACAGCACGUACAUGGAUUUCGAUAAUAAUCAACAACCGCUCCCUGCGUACGUCACCCGCAAAGGUUCAGAGCUGUACAGCAUCCGAGCCUUCCACCAGAUGCACUGCAUAUCAAUCAUCUUCGAGGAUAUUGGAUAUAGAGUGAACAACAAGACGUCCAAGUGGGAUACAGGGCAUGUAAUUCACUGUUUGAACACGGUGAGGUCAGCGAUAACAUGCCUAGCGGACGCUACGCCAAUUUCCUACGUCCAUGGGAUGGGUAUUGGUCACACUACAGACGAUCAACAGAGUCAUUGUAGGGACUUCUUUGCGCUGAGGGAGUGGGCCCACGACCCAGUACGGGCAGUGAAAUGGGUCAAUGUUGCACCAGAGGAUGAGAAGGAUAAAUAUGAUGAGAUUGUAGACUAG